AUGGCACCCUCUCUCCACCCUCUUAUCGACAAUGGCAUCACACCAGGCUCAAGUAGCUUCUCUGGUGGAAAGCUUCACUGCCACUGCGCCUCCGACCAGGUCGAGAUCACCUUGAAGAGCAAUGUUGCCCACAACCAUGCCUGUGGCUGUUCCAAGUGUUGGAAGCCAUCCGGUUCUCUCUUCUCCAUUGUUGGAGUUGUACCUCGAGAUGCCGUCUCGGUGACAGCGAAUGCCUCGAAACUUUCGAUCGUGGACAAAGAAGCUACCAUUCAACGCAAUGUCUGCAAGGAUUGUGGUGUGCACCUCUUCGGGCGCAUCGAGAAGGACCAUCCGUUCAAGGGUCUCGACUUUGUACACGUGGAGUUAUCCGAUGACAAGGGCUGGCAGGAACCACAAUUCGCCGGUUUCGUCUCAUCCAUCAUUGAACAAGGUUCUCACCCCAAAGAAAUGGAUGAAGUGAGAGCCAAAUUCAAGGCCGUCGGACUGCAGACAUACGACGUGCUGUCGCCAGUGCUGAUGGAUCUGAUCUCCACUUUCACAGCUCAGAAGUCCGGCAUCAGAUUUGCCAAUUUGUGA